AUGCAAAGUGAACUUAAACUUCUUAAAACUGCACAUCAGAGCCUUAAAAGCAAUUAUCCUAAUAUAAGUGAGUGGAUAAAUAUUAAUAAUAUUAUUCACUUAUUAGAGCUGAUGCUUGAUGCAACUGAUAUACUUUCGAAAAGUUCAUAUCCAACUAUUAGUAACAUUCGUUUGGUUUUAAAGAGUAUCUUGCAACAUGUUCAAAACUUUGUAGCUAAUAAAUUAUAUUCAAAAGAGGAAUGCAUAAUAGCAAAAUCUAUUAACGACCUGUUAACCAAAUAUUGGAGUAUUUUUGAUGGUAACAAAUCAACAAAAAUAGCCACCAUUUUUGAUCCUGCAUCUAAAUUAAUAACAUUCCUAACUUCUGAGAGAGAAAGAGCUAUUACUAGUCUGAAAAAUGUAAUAGCUCAGUAUGCAUCACCAGAAUUAGUGACAGUAAAGCAACAAACAACAGAACUACAAACAAUUAGAAAAGUAACAGAACAGUUGGAAACAUAUUUGUCUUCACCGAUCAUUGCAAAUGGUUCUGAUCUUUUUCAGUGGUGGGCUAAUAAUAAUAAUAGAUUCCCAAUACUUGCAAAAAUAGCACAAAAUUAUCUUGCAAUCCAAGGAUCAAGCGUUCCUUGUGAAGAAGCUUUUUCCACUACUUCAAGAACAAUUUCAAAGCUCCGUAAUCGUCUCAACCCUAAGACAGCUAAUGCAUCGAUCUGUUUAAAAAGUUGGAUAGAAAAUGAUAGAUAA